GUGACACCUUGCGUCUUACUUUUUCUUCCACACUGAGAUUCACAUUCACUACCAGAGUUGAGUCAUCCCUCAUCGAUGCUUCUUUCCAAUUUUCUUUGGGUGCUGUUGUUUUCUGAUUGUUUUCAGGAUUUUUAUUAGCAAGAGAAAGAAGUUGAAUAAGCUUCUUAUUGAAUUGUUUUUAUGGAAUGGAUAGCCAUGGCGAUUCUGGGAGCAAUACAACACGCAGAACUUCGAGGAAAAGGAGGAGUAAUUUCAAUCAUCGUCGUUCAAAUGAAUCAGAAUCCCCCCAAGAUAAUAGAGAUUCUAUCUCAUUAUCAUCAACUCCAUCAGACCAUGUGAGUGAUGCACCAAGUGUGGGCAAGGAGUCCUCAACACCAUCACUAAACCUUUGUGAUACUGAAAUCGUGCAUAAGAUUUAUGACGAAGAAAACACAUUGGAGGACUCCACUAACCUUAAAAGUUGUGGUGAUGAUAAUCCUGCUGCAGCUAGCUUGAACAGUGGGCAAAUGAAGGACAAUAAAAUGAGCGAACAAGCGACUGGGGAUUACCAUUCUGAGCCACUAGGAGCAGCAUCUGAUGGAACUGGAAACAAAGUCAAUAAGGUAAAACUAAAGGUUGGAGGUGUAACACACACCAUUCACACUAGAUCUAGUUCUGUCAGUUCUUCAAUAGCUGGAACUUUUGCUACAAAGCCUUCGUCAGAUGAAAAUUAUCCUCCCCCUAAGGAAGAUCUGAAUCUCCGUGAUAGAAAUGAGAAGGGUGACCUUCGAGGUGUGCCGUGGAAAGAUUUUUCGAGGACUGGUUUUGCCUUUGGAAAAGUGGAUUCUUGUAAGGAGGAUAUACCUGAGGAGUCUGCCAAGCAAGCUGUAAAGCAUGACAGGUCAUCUAAAAGAAAGUCCAUAAGCAAGAAGUAUUCUGAUGAUGAAAUAUAUGAUGAGGAUGAUGAUGAGAUUCGGUACCUUCAAAAGCUCAAAACUUCAAGAAUCACGUCGUAUGAUAAUACAGAGUAUGAAGAUGGUACCUUCAGGGGCAGGAAACUACGGAAGAUAUCUAGGGUUAUGGAUAGAGAUAUUGAAGAUUAUGGCUCCUCAAGAUCAGCCAAAGAGAAGAAAUCCAGAUCUGCAAGUGCACCUGAAGAUACAGAAUAUACAGAGGAGGAAGAAUCAUUAUCUGACGGUGAGGUUGAACACAAGAAUAAGAAACAGAGAAAGUCAAUUGACGUCGCUAAGAACUCCAAAGAAAGCUCAAUUACUACCCGCCGUAGAGCUACUUUAUCUGGAAGAGAGCCCUCUCCUGGUUUGGGUGCUAAAUCAAUCCAAUUCCCAGAUGGAUUGCCACCUGCCCCACCAAGAAAGACAAAGGAACAGCUAUCAGAAGUGGAGCAACAACUGAAAAGAGCUGAGGCUGCCCAAAGGCGAAGGAUUCAAAAUGAAAAGGCUUCUCGUGAAUCUGAGGCCGAGGCAAUCAGAAAAAUCUUGGGUCAAGAUUCCAGCAGGAAAAGGCGAGAGGAUAAGAUUAAAAAACGACAGCAGGAGCUAGUGCAGGAGAGGAAUGCAAACGGGGCUACAGUUGCACCAGAUGCUGUUAGAUGGGUCAUGGGACCUUCAGGGACAGUUGUAACAUUUCCUGCUGAAGUUGGCCUUCCAAGUAUCUUCGAACCCAAGUCUUGCAGGUAUCCUCCUCCACGAGAGAAAUGUGCCGGCCCAUCUUGUACAAAUGUGUACAAGUACAGAGAUUCCAAAUCAAAGCUUCCUCUUUGCAGCCUGCAGUGCUACAAGGCACUACAUGAGAAUGCACAACCACUACAUGCUCGCUAAAAUGGUUUAUUGGUCGCUACUUUUUUGCUUCCACGGUGUACUGGGCGAGCGGGCUGCUUUAUUCCAAUGCUUGCCCUGUUGAAACAUUGGUAAGAAGAUUUUCUUCUCAGAUGCAUGUAUGUAGGAAUAAAAGUAGAUAUGGGAAGAAAACAAUGUAUAUGUAGAUGUAUAAUAGUAAAAAUACACGCCAAAUGCAUCAGUUGAAUCUGUAUAAUAUAUGUUUGACCUUGAAUACUAUUGUUGUUUCAAGGUUCCUGGCCAAGUGAGCUUGUUAUUCAUUAAUGUAAAA